AUGAAGACAACAAGAAGCGUUGCCCUUCCUGGGCUUGUGCUUCUCAGCUGCCUUUCUGAUGUUACAAGUCCUCUUCAACAGGCCUCCUGCGGCGCGUACCAGUUGUCUGGAAAACUGCAGCUUGCCUGUCCCCGCCACUACAAACCCGUCUGCGGGACCGACAGCGUGACCUACCCCAACGACUGCUCCCUCUGCAAAGAAAUCUUCCUUAACCGACCCAUCGACAAGAAGCACGAUGGAAGAUGUGUUAAGCUCGACUGUACUGGCUACCUGAGAUCAAGCAGUGGACGUGCGGUCCCCUGCACCCUGGAGUACAUGCCCAUCUGCGGCACCAACGGGCUCACCUACAGAAACAAGUGCGACUUCUGCAACGCUGUGGCGAACGGAAUGGACAUAAACCUGCGCAAUGUUGGAGAAUGCUUCCAGCAGAUUGACUGCAGCGAGCAGAAGAGUAGCGAUCUCAUCUGCACCGCCGACUAUAACCCCCUUUGUGGCUCCGAUGGCAAAACUUAUGGAAACAAGUGCCAGUUCUGCAGCGCGGUUUUGUGGAGCCGGGGAACUCUGUUCCUCAAACACCGUGGUGAAUCCCGAGCACCGGAGCCCUACCCUUCGCCCUGA